UGUAAAAUUUGUUUAUGUAGAAAGAGUUUUGUUACUUGUUUUACUUAUAAAAAGUUUUAUUACAAUAUCAAAAAUGAAAUUUAGAUGUAGAAUGGUAGAUGCAAUUGCAAUGAGAGACUUUACUAAUAUUGUUAACACUAUUUCUCGAAUAACAAAACAAUGUACCUUACGAUUAACAACGAACGAAUUAUGCUUCAGCGUAAGCGAUGAUCGAGCAUCGAUGGUUUGGGCCGAAUUAAUUCAAACUCAUUUUUUUACUGAAUAUAUAAUGAAUGGUGUCUCUGAAGAACAGAACGAAAUUUAUUUAGAAUUCGAUCCCUCUAUGCUUGCUCGAUCUUUAGGAUCUCUACGGAUGACCGCGAAAAGCGUUAAAAUCAAAUUAACUAAUAAACGACAACCAUGCCUUACACUAGAAAUUGAAUUGCCUUCUUUGAGCAUAGAAUCAAGACAAUGUUUACAUGAUGUACCUGUCAGAGUGAUACCACGUCGUGAAUGGGCAGAGCAUCAAACACCAAAUAUUCCUGAAUUUGAUAUUUCAGUUGAUAUGCCUCAACUUAAACAUGUAAGAAAUAUUGUGGAUAGAAUGAAAAACAUGAGUCCAUGUUUAACAUUAAGUGCCGAUAAAACUGGCACAUUUGUAUUAAAAAUUGAAACAGAUAGUGCCACAGUAUCUACACAUUUUCAAGAAUUGCAAGUUUGGAGUUGCAGUCAACAAAAUCAAGAUGAGGUAUCAGCUACUAUAGAUAUUAAAAAAUUUCUUAUGUUUUUGGCUUGGGAUAUAGUACAUCCUGAUGGUGUAAAAUGUAAUAUACUUCAAAACAGAAUGGUUAAUUUGUUUCUACAUUUAGCAGAUUAUCUUAAAAUAUAUUAUUUUCUUUCCUCGAUAACUAUUUAAAUUAUAUUAAUUGUAUUAAUUUAAUUUAAACAAUAAUAUUUUAAUAUAAUAUAAAUUUUUUAUUUUUUACACAAUGCUGUUGUCUUUUAAAACACAAAAACAAUUGGUAUAAAAUGUAC